AUGGGUAAUCACAUUGGCACAUUGUUCAUACUAAGAAAAAAAAAGAUUAAACCCAAUUUAGAUAUCGAUUCGAGCACAACAUCAUCUUCUACAUCAUCAUCCAAUACCGAUAUGCUUUCAAAAGUACUUGAUCCCGAUGAUAAUUUCUUAAUGGACAAUUACAAUAUGUUACAUUAUAUGUUCAAACAUAUUUGGAAAGCAAACUUCUCAGCUCCUGUUCACAAAGCACUAGAAUCAGGAAUAAACGUUUUGGAUAUUGGGUGGGCACACAUUCGAGAGCGAACAUCCACAGAGCUCCACCAACAUUAUCUGAUCGAUCGUUCGUCAUUUAUUAUUACAUUAGGUACCUGGGUACUUGAUAUGGCUACUAUCUAUUCGAAAUCCACUUUCUAUGGAAUUGAUAUAUUGCCAGCCUUUCCCUCACAAAUCAAACCAAUGAAUGCAGAAUUUAUAACUGCUGACGUACUCAAAGGUCUCCCGUUUGAGGACAAUUUUUUUGGCCUUAUUUAUUUAAGAUUUUUGAACAGAUCGUUCACCAAGACUGAUUGGCAAACCAAAUUGUUAGAUGAAAUAAUGAGAGUCACUAAACCCGGUGGGUGGAUUGAAACGAUGGAAAGUGGACUAGUUCUGCUCAAUCCAGCACCCAAUCUGGAAAAAGCAUGGGACGCAGGUCGCGUGCUACUCGAAAAGAAUGGGGCUUGGGUGGAUAUGGCUUAUGGGGUGGAAACUCUAUUCAAAUCACAUCCACACUGUUUGAAUGUCACGUUUCAAGAAGUUUGGCAUGCAAUGGGCACAUGGGGAGGAAGAGAUGGGGAAAUUUGGGCAAAUUUUAUUAUUCAGUAUACCGCCAUCACCAGUCAGUCGUUGUCACAGUAUUGGGGAAUGACACCCGAAGAAUUUCAAAAAUUUGUAAUAGAACUCUCAGAACAGCUGCACAGUUUGGAUUACAAUACCAGUUUCAGUACAAUAAGAGUGUUUUGUCAAAAGACUCGAAGAAC